CAAGCCCCUUUCUAGCAAGGUCACGGUUCCGUCCUGCGUUUAUGUGGUGCCGACUGCUAGCUUGGAAUCGCUUCUUCCUGACGAAACGCUGAGCCAACGGUUGUCGCAGCUCAAAACUACGAUGGGAACGUUGAACGGCAACGGAAACAGUAAAUGGCAUGCGUCAACAUUCCCUGAAGUCUUCCAAGGCCAACCAGAAACAGCGUGGAGUGCAACACUGCGUCUCCUCAGGGAUAUCACUGAGGCUCAGGCAAAAGAGUCCACCCCCUCCCCGAAACCUGCUUUAAAGUGCAUGCCCCCGAAAUCGCCAGACGCUCGCUUAGUUCUGAAAGAUCUUGCCGACCUCCUUUCGGAAGAGCUCAAGAAGAAAAGAGGGAGUGCCGAUUUGGCCGCCAUAGUCACACUCUCGCGAACUGCACUCGAAUUCACUCCGCUGGAACACCCACAACGCCACUUAGCCCUCAUCAAUCUCGCAGAUCUCCUAUUUGAACGGUUCAAGCAGGAAGGGUCGAAAGGGGAUUUGGAUGAAGUAAUCGCGCUGAGACGAACUGCGUCAGAAUCCUUGGCUCCAGAUGACCCCCAGAGACAGACAAUUCUUCUCCAGCUCAACAAUUGCCUUCAUGAUCGCUUCCGGAGGGAUAGUGCCAUAGCGGAUUUAGAGGAGAUCGUGUCCCUUCGCCGAGUUUUGCUAGAGCAUACACCCACCUUAGCUCUGAAAGAUCUCGCCGAUCUCGUUUCUGAAGAGCUCAAGAAGAAAAGAGGGAGCGGUGAUUUGGCCGCCAUAGUCACACUCGUGCGAACUGCACUCGAAUUCACUCCGCUGGAACACCCACAACGCCACUUAGCUCUCAUCAAUCUCGCAGAUCUCCUAUUUGAACGGUUCAAGCAGGAAGGGUCGAAAGGGGAUUUGGAUGAAGUAAUCGCGCUGAGACGAACUGCGUCAGAAUCCUUAGCUCCAGAUGACCCCCAGAGACAGACAAUUCUUCUCCAGCUCAACGAUUGCCUCCAUGAUCGCUUCCGGAGGGAGAGUGCCAUAGCGGAUUUAGAGGAGAUCGUCUCGCUUCGCCGAGUUUUGCUAGAGCAUACACCCACCUUAGCUCUGAAAGAUCUCGCCGAUCUCGUUUCUGAAGAGCUCAAGAAGAAAAGAGGGAGCGGUGAUUUGGCCGCCAUAGUCACACUCUCGCGAACUGCACUCGAAUUCACUCCGCUGGAACACCCACAACGCCACUUAGCCCUCAUCAAUCUUGCAGAUCUCCUAUCCGAACGGUUCAAGCAGGAAGGGUCGAAAGAGGAUAUGGAUGAAGUAAUCACGCUGAGACGAACUGCGUCACAGUCCUUAGCUCCAGAUGACCCCCAGAGACGGACUAUUCUUCUCCAGCUCGACGAUUGCCUUCAUGAUCGCUUCGGGAUGGAUGGUGCCAUAGCAGAUUUAAAGGAGAUCGUCUCGCUUCGCCGAGUUCUGUUAGAAUGUACUCCCACCUUAGCUCUGAAAGAUCUUGCCGAUCUCGUUUCUGAAGAGCUCACGAAGAAGAGAGGGAGCGGCGAUUUGGCCGCCAUAGUCACACUCGCGCGAACUGCCCUCGAAUUCACUCCGCUGGAACACCCACAACGCCAUGUAGCCCUCAUCAAUCUCGCAGAUAUCCUACAUGAACGGUUCAAGCAGGAAGGGUCAAAAGAGGAUUUGGACGAAAUAAUCGCGUUGAGACGAUCUGCGUCAGAGUCAUUAGCUCCAGAUGACCCCCAGAGGCAGACAAUUCUUCUCCAGCUCGACGACUGCCUUCAUGAUCGCUUUGGGAUGGAUGGUGCCAUAGUGGAUUUAGAGGAGAUCAUAUCCGUUCGCCGAGUUUUGUUAGAACGUACUCCCACCUUAGCUCUGAAAGAUCUUGCCGAUCUCCUUUCUGAAGAGCUCAAGAAGAAGAGAGGGCGCGGCAAUUUGUCCGCCAUAGUCACACUCGCGCGAACUGCCCUCGAAUUCACUCCGCUGGAACACCCCCAACGCCAUCUAGUCCUCAUUAACCUCGCAGAUCUCCUAUCUGAACGGUUCAAGCAGGAGGGGUCGCAAGAGGAUUUGGACGAAGUAAUCGCACUGAGACGAACUGCGUCAGAAUCCUUGGCCCCAGACGACCCCCACAGUCAGACAAUUCUUCUCCAGCUCGACGAUUUCCUUCAUGAUCACUUUCAGAGGGGUCAUUCCAUAGCGGAUUUAGAGGAGAUCGUGUCGCUUCGCCGAGUCUUGUUAGAACGUACACCCACGCUGAAUCGCUGCAGGCCUCUUCUUAACCUCGCUGAUUCCCUUCACGAAAAGUUCCAACAACAAGGUUUAGUGGACGACAUCGAGGAGGCCAUCAGUCUUGCCCAUACUGCGUCGGGGUUGUGCCCUCCGGAGCAUCCUGAUCAUGUACGGUCUCAGACAUGCCUUGCGCGUUACCUCAAAGUGAAGGUUAGAAUCGGUGCUCACCCAAAGAGAGCCCAGAUUGGUCUUUCAUGUUCCGGCUCUUACGAUAUCAAGCAUGUCAUCAGAAGGGUCUUUUUCGAAACAGUGGAACACCUUCCGCCGCGCCUGUUACAUACUCCGACAGGUGCCAUGUGCAACCGAGAUGACCAGCUAUCUCAUUUCGAAGACAGCCCUCAAUACAAACAGCUCUUGUCCUCAGCCUCUUCACUCCACAGGCGGCGGCUCCAAACGGAGAUCAGUAGUGCGGUCACAGACUUCUUUCAAGUUGCCAUGCUAUCUCACAGAUGGGGGAGUGGCGAGCCCUUGCUACGCGAACUUGCAGGCAAAAAUAUCUAUGACUUGCACGGCACGGACGGUCUGGCAAAGCUCCAAGACUUCUGCCUUCUUGCUCUCGAACGUAAUUUCAAGUGGGCAUGGAGCGAUACGUGUUGCAUCGACAAAGAUAGCAGCGCCGAAUUGCAGGAAGCGAUUGGGUCUAUGUUUUCAUGGUACCGCCGAUCGUCGCUGACGAUCGUGUACCUUUCCGAUGUCUUCGACGCCGGUUCGCUUGCAAACAGUGUCUGGUUCAGGCGAGGCUGGACACUUCAAGAACUGUUGGCUUCGCACGCCAUCCUCUUCUAUACGUAUGACUGGUCACUCUACACGAAGAGUGACACCGCGAACCAUAAAACAGACCCUACCGUACUCGAGGAGCUCCAGAAGGCAACGGGAGUAGCAGAACAGCACCUUACCAAUUUCUAUCCCGGUGUGGACGACGCGCGGACCAGGCUCCACUGGGCGUCAGGCCGUAGUACCACACGACCAGAAGAUAUUGCCUACUCCCUUUUUGGAAUCUUCAAGGUUCACUUACCAGUCCUCUAUGGCGAAUCUGUGGAGAAUGCGCUCGGACGUCUCCUGGCAGAGAUCAUCUCACGUUCCGGAGACAUUUCGGUUCUAGAUUGGGUUGGGGAGGCAUCAUCGUUCAAUAGCUGCUUCCCUGCCAAUCUCUUGCCGUACCAGACGGUACCUGAUAUCCAGGUGAUCCCCAGCAACCUUGCCAAACGCAAUGACCUGGGUCCUGGGAAAGGAAAAGGAAAAGAGCUGUACGAUAAACUUUCAGGGUUACCACGUGCCGGAUUUGCCAAUAGGAAGCUUGCCUUGCCCUCCACUGUCCAUCAAGUCACAGCGGUCAAGCUGCAGAGUUCCUCCACAAGUCCCUCACGUUACACAUACGAGAUUAACGCAUCGCGCCUAAGACCUGUAAACGUCACACUGUCGGUCAAACUUUGCAAUAGAGGUGCAUAUCUUCUUGUCCGUCCUUGGCAUCCAAAAUCGCUCGAAACGCAGACCGAGAGCGAUGACGAUGCUGUUUGGAACUUGCUGGGGCAGCUGGGGCAGCCGUUCAAAGCACUUCUCCUGAAGCGGUUACCUCACAACGAGUACAAGAGAAUUGCAAGCGAUUGCGAGAUUAAUGCUUGCGUUCGAGACCUGGCCAGUACCUUAGAUACUGAAGUGCUGAUACCGGAGAUUGUGUAGGUCGUACUCGUCAUGCACUCUCCUACUGCGGCCCGUCGUAUUUCUGUUAUUCGUGUUCCCGUUUGAUACCUGUACUAGCAGUGCAUUUUAGUACCCGAACAUGAGUAUGUACGUACCUAUGGCUCUAGCAAAGAUGUCUGACCGCGACGGUGUUGUGGCUGGUGAUAAAGUCCUGCUAGGUACGGAUUACAGGUAGUACAGGGGGACGUCGCACUUGGGCUCGUCUUGGGAUGUCUACCGAAUACUGAAGCAAUCCAAUCUCUCCAUAUCUGCGUUCCGUUGGCACUAGCAAUGUGAACAAUGUCAACUGACGAUCAUCGCCUGCAGACAUGGACGCGUACACGUUAUUCUCGGAUAUAGGCCCCCGCCAUGAAAUGUUCUGGGGUUUAUAACCAACCAGUGUUUUCUACAAUUAAUGC